GGGGGACGGACAUGCUGCCCCCAUAGCGACAUAGUGGUUAAACACUUGACGCGCGACAUAAGAGAAGGGGGGAAGGAAGGCACUUGCUUGCUGCAUAGCCAAGGUAAUAGGUGAUACAGGGGGGCGUAUGGCCGACGUCAAACAGAGGCUGCCACGCAGGGCCACCGCGCCAAGCAACCGGCCACGGAGGGCAACGAGGUCUGCCAGGGUGACAGCAGCAUACUCGCUGACUUUGAGUGAGAACAGGCGCUUGCAUUCGGGAUACCUGACAAAACAGGGCGGCAAGUGGAAGACAUGGAAGCUGCGAUGGAUGGUGCUUACGCCUGUGGCGCUGACGUAUUAUGUGAAUGAGGAAGAGAAGAACGAGAAGGGGUCGAUCCGGGUGGCCGACAUCACGUACGUGGCCACCAAUCUCGGUGAGAGGACAAACUGCAUCGAGCUGGGCACCAUCGGAAGGGCCUUCUUCCUCUCGGCAGAGUCGGCGGCAGACUAUGAGGUCUGGCUCGGGUGGCUCAACUUGGUCUGCACUGUUCCGCCGGCGCCGGAGACUCAUGUGGCGUGCUUCAAGCUCUUUCGCGAAGGCCUUGAGCAGGGCCACGCCGCCACCACCGAUCGGUACAAGGAUCCCGAGAUGGACGUGCUCCACCCGUUUGACGCCCUCGUCGACAUCGGCGUCCCUUCCCUCGCUGACAUCCUCUUCCCGCCGAUCUCGACCAAGGUUGAGGCGUCGGCGACGACGCUCGAGCUCCGCGAUGCGCGGUUCUCGGUCAACGGCUCGGUCUCCAUGCGCCAGUGCCCAACCACUGGCGCCUGGCGCGUUGUCGCCGAGGACUGGACCCCGUCGAUCCAUGCGUUUAUUGAGAGCAACGGCCUCAACGUUGACGCCUCGGGGCCGUCGACGCCCAAUCGCUCGCCGUCGUCGUCAUUCUCGCACGCCUCUCGCCCAGGCGACAACGACGACGACGAUUCGUCGUGACUGUCAGGACACUCUCCAACCCUGGCCCACUACCAUACUGUAAAUCGCAAGCGUAUACUC